AUGUUAGCUGUUCAUCUAGUUUCAUUUUUCUUCUCCAAACUUCAGGAGGAUCCUACUAAGAAGGUGGACAGGUUCCUGCAUGCGAUGCGUCUCCAUGACGAUCGGUUAAGUGACAUCUCAAAACGUUUUCUGGCUGAAAUGAAGAAAGGCCUUUCAGCAGAAAGUACUGCAGCUGCAGCAGUGAAAAUGCUACCGACACAAGUUCGCUCCACUCCUGAUGGAUCAGAGAAAGGAGAGUUUCUGGCUCUAGAUCUUGGAGGCUCCAACUUUAAGGUUCUUAGAGUUAAAGUCAGAGAGGAUGUAGGAAUAAAAAAGGGAGGAGUAGAGAUGGAGGAGAAGACUUAUCCAAUACCAAAUGAGCUGCAGGCCGGGAAAGCUGCUGAGUUAUUCGACCAUGUCUCAGAAUCUCUGAAGGAUUUUCUGCAUGAAAAGAAUAUCAGUCCAUCAAAUAAACAUCUGUUAGCCUUUACCUUCUCCUUCCCCUGUGAGCACCCUAGUUUGGAUCAGGGAUUAUCCGUCAGCUGGGGAAAGAAUUACAGAGUUCGGGGCCUUCAGGGGAAAGAUGUGGUCCAGGCGCUUAAAGAGGCUAUUGGCAGAACUGGGGAUAUGGACGUAGAGGUCCUGGCGAUGGUCAAUGACACCGUGGCGACCAUGAUGACCUGUGGAUUUGAUGACCAGUGUUGUGAAGUAGGACUCAUCAUUGGAACUGGUACCAAUGUCUGCUACAUGGAAGAGCUGCGUCACAUCGACCUGGUGGAAGGAGACGAGGGCCGGAUGUGUGUGAACACUGAGUGGGGGGGGUUUGGAGAUGAUGGGGCUUUGGAUGAUUUCAUUACAGAGUUUGACAGAGAUGUUGAUGCAGCCUCCCUCAACCCUGGACAACAAACAUUUGAGAAGAUGGUCAGUGGGAUGUAUUUGGGAGAGCUGGUGAGGCUGGUUGUUUUAAAGAUGGCUAAACUGGGACUGCUGUUUGAUGGGCGUGUGUCCGACGCCCUGAGGACCAAAGGGAAUAUAACCACUGCAGAUGUAGCAGCGAUGGAGGAGAACAGAAAUGGUCUGAAAAACACCAAGGACAUUUUGACUCGCCUUCAUUUAAGUCCUUCAUCUGACGACUGCAUCGCUGUUCAGCACGUCAGCACCAUCGUCUCCUUCAGGUCCUCCAAUCUGGUGGCUGCCGGGCUGGCAGCCAUCUUAACUCGGAUCAGGCAGAACCGGAAUUUGAGAGGGGUGAAAAUCACAGUAGGCGUUGAUGGUACUCUAUACAAAACGCACCCACAGUAUCCUAAACGCCUUCAUAAAGUUGUGCGGCGGCUGCUUCCCGAUUGUCAGGUCAGGUUUGCUCUCUCAGAGAGUGGUAGCAGCAAAGGUGCCGCCCUGGUGGCAGCAGUAGCUCAGCGUCUGACAUCACAGAGAAGAAGGGUGGAUGAGGCGCUGUCUCUCUUCAGACUAAACCAGCAGCAGCUGCAGCUGGUAAAAUCUAGGAUGAGAGAAGGGCUGGAGGCUGGGCUCAGGGGUAAAGGCUGCACAGUAAAAAUGCUUCCCUCCUUUGUAUACCACACACCAGAUGGCACAGAAAAUGGAAAUUACCUUGCUUUGGAUCUCGGAGGGACAAACUUCAGAGCUAUGCUUGUGAGAUUCAAAAGACAUAAAUCCCAACUUUACCAUAAGAUUUAUACCAUUCCGCUGGAGAUAAUGCAAGGAACUGGAGAAGAGUUGUUUGACCACUUGGCUCAGUGUGUCUGUGACUUCCUGGACUACAUGGGGCUGAAGAAGGCAUGUCUGCCUGCUGGCUUCACCUUCUCUUUCCCUUGUGAGCAGUCUGGUAUUAAUAAAGGCACCCUGGUAAGCUGGACUAAGGGCUUCAAGGCCACAGACUGCGUAGGACAGGAUGUUGUUUUCAUGCUCAGAGAUGCCAUCAAGAGACGAAACGAGUUUGACCUGGACAUUGUUGCAUUAGUAAAUGACACGGUUGGGACUAUGAUGAGCUGCGCCUAUGAGGAUCCUCAGUGUGAAAUUGGAAUGAUUGCAGGAACAGGAUCAAACCUCUGCUACAUGGAGGAAGUGAAGAACAUUGAAAAGCUGAAACAGGGCCAUGGCACCGCAAAGAAAGACAAAGAGCAGGAAGAGAACCAUGCGAUGAAGCCAGAGAAGUCAAAUGUGGAGGCUGACGAAUCCAAAAUGUGCAUAAACACAGAGUGGGGCGGUCUGGGUGACGACCACUCUCUGGAUGACAUCAUCAAUCCUUAUGACGCAGAGGUGGAUAUACACUCAGUAAACCAGGGAAAGCAAAGGUUUGAAAAGAUGACCGGUGGGAUGUACCUGGGUGAAAUCGUCAGACAGGUUUUACUGGAUCUCACCAGACGAGGACUACUGUUCAAAGGACAUGUCACCGAACCAUUAAAAACCCCUGGGAUAUUUGAAACAAAAUAUCUUUCACAAAUAGAGAGUGAUCGCUUGGCUCUGCUGCAGGUCAGAUCUAUACUGCAGCGACUGGGGCUGCGUGGCACAAGUGGCGACAGCAUUAUUGUCAAAGAGGUGUGUGGAGCGGUGUCACGCCGUGCAGCUCAGCUGUGUGGUGCAGGAAUGGCAGCAGUGGUGGAUAAGAUCAGAGAAGACCGCAAACUGGAGCGUCUGAGCAUCACUGUGGGGGUAGACGGUGCUCUGUACAAACUGCAUCCACAUUUCUCUCAGGUCGUGAAAGAAACAGUAAGAGUUAUGGCUCCUCAGUGCGAUGUGACGUUCCUGCCGUCAGAGGAAGGCAGUGGGAAAGGUGCUGCCCUCAUUGCAGCUGUGGUCCAAAGUAUAAACAACAUAUAAACACUUAGACAAAUUAAGGCUAUCAUUUACUUUGAAUCAACACAGAAUAUGGAAGACCUGCAAGUGGAAAAUAACUUCCUAUGAUAAAUCAUUUUAAAAGAUCUAGCUGUGUUAGAGUGUUUUUACAUUUAACUGUAACUGUAACUUUGAGGAUAUUAUGGGGCCUUAUUUUCAUAAAGCAGUUUCUAUUCUGAUGAGCUUGUCCAGGUCAAGGCUAGAUUAAUAUUUGCUCUUUCUGGAACAAUUGG